AUGCAGCUUUCAAUCUUGGAGCAAGAACGCAGACACAUCAAAUCUCGAAUGGAGAAGCUUAACGGCGAUCUAAAACAAGUCCAUGAGGAGAUGGAGAGCUUCAAGAGACACCACGUGAAUCCAAUUCUUGCCUACACCUUCAUCAUUUCAGUUUAUCUAUCUAUGCUCAAUGCCACGUGUCAACAGGCAGCAAACUUCUCAGCUGCUCUUUACGAAUUAAAGAUUAAGUACUGCGAGGAAGUGACGAAUCUAAGAGAGGUACUAGACAGGGAGGCCAUUCACAAUGAGCUGGCCCAGUUCAAAGUCUAA